AUGUUAAAAUUUCAUUGCGCAACCAAGCUAACCUCUCCUGAUGGCAUCAAGGAGUUUCCUUUGCCAAAACUGGAACAUCCUUCACAUUUUGUGAAUUCUGCUGGUUUGAGGUGAGCUCUUUACUUUAAUACUGAUAUUUAAAGGAUGUUUACGAAAUAUAUAAGAAACGAGAAAGUGUUUAUUACCGGCGUACAAAGUACCGAAUAGUGUGUUGAAAAGCGAGGCGCUGUGGCUCAGGGAUUAUUUUAAAUUUUAUCACUGCACAAAAGAACAUAAAAUAGCAGCAUAUCACACAAUAGUUAGAAAUCCCAAACAGGAUUUUUAAAUGGAAACCUAAGAAAAAGGACCGAACUAGGUGAUGAAGAAUUGCAAGACAGAAUUUUUUGGGAUGGGGUCAUUUUCAGACACAAUGCCAUUUUGAAAGAUUGAAUAUUAGGCCACACAAAGUUCUAUGUCAAAUUUGAAAACACCAAGUGAAAACCAGCAUAACGUAUUGUCUUCUUUGUACUUAUCGUGCUUUGGAACAAUUGAAACAUAAUUUGUGAUAAAUUAUGCACUCUUUCCACGAAUUAAUAUCACCUAUAUAGUUAAAUAUUAAAGAAAAUCAGUACUGCACAAAAUCUCUUUUAUCACUGCGCAAAUAUCGAAACACCGGACAAAUUUUUAAGCCUAAUUGCACUAUAGUUCUACCAAUACACUAGCCUGAGUGACGAACAGAAUCUUGAACAGUAUGUACCAGUGUUGCCACUAAUAACAAGCUUUCGUUAGUAGGGAUGCAACUACCUGAAAAAUAUAAAGCGAAAUAGACAAUUCCCAUUAUAGACUAAUUUUAAAACUAGGCAAGGAGAUGCAAAUAAAUCACCACAGCCAUAACGAGCAUACUAAAAUUAGUAAAAUUGUAAAGUUUGGUUCCGAAAUGUUGUAAAAUGCGGAAAAUAUAGCCUUUCAAAGUUUGCAAAUUUUGUAUACUUUUGUAUUGCGUGCGGAAAUUCCUACCACAUUCGGGCCCAAAUGUGGUAGGAAUUUCCGCACGCAAUACAAAAGUAUACAAAAUUUGCAAAGUUUGCAAGGCUAUAUUUUCCGCAUUUUACAACAUUUCGCAACCAAACUUUGCAAUUUUACUAAUUUUAGUAUGCUCUUUCUAGCUGUGGUGAUUUAUUUGCAUUUCCUUGCCUAGUUUUAAAAUUAGUCAACAAUGGGAAUUGUCUAUUCGACGUUUCGAGCGAAGGCCCUUCGUCGAGAAGUUAGUAGCGGGGAUGCGCUUUUAUACCAAGAAUAUGAAAGCGAUCACGUGACAAAGAAUAAUGAACCAAUCAGUUGGAAUUAGUCAAAAAUAUUGUUAAAAAACAUGAAAUUUCAAGUUCACUCGCAACAAAAAUGACUCGCAUCACUAGAAAGCUCAUAAAAACUACGUAUAAGACAUUUAAACAGUCACCUAAAUUUUUCAAGCGGUUUCGAGUUAUUGCUGUUCCAAAUGUGACAAAUAGGCCAACUGAAUCUGGCAAAAAUCCUGGGUACUAGUCUGACAACACGUUUCCAACAGCUCAUAAGUCUAAGAAGAACUUGCAAAAUCAAGGUAGCCGUUUAAAUGUCUUAUAUGUAGUUUUUUGUAAGUUUUCUAAUGAUGUAACUUAUUUUUCCUAUAAAUGAAUCUGAAAUUUCACUUUUUUAACAAUAUAGGAGUUCACUAGGGAAAUCGAACAAAAAACUUGUCAUAAUGGAGAAAGCUCCAAGAGGAUACAUGAGGACUUUUAGUAUAUGUUAUCAAGGUUGCUGAAGAGAGUGCAUACGCUAAUUUUUGGCUUUUUACUAAUUUUUUCUGACCUAUUUUCUAUUUUGAUUGUGCUAUUAAAUCUAUUAUAGGUGAUAUUCAAUUCGUGGAAGGAGUGCAUGAUUUAUCACAAAGUUUAAUUAAAUUGUUCAAAAGCACGAUAAGCACAAAUAAGACAAUAACUUGUGCGGGUUUUCACUUAGACUUAGUUCUGACCUUCGUGACACGAUUCAUUCCGGCUCAUAUGAUUGGCUCCAAACAAAGGCUUUCUAUUUUGUAUACUGUAUAAUUAAGCUUUUUAAAAGAGUCUUAGGUGCUGAUUACAUGGUGCCGAGCUGGCCCGGUUAACCGGGCUGACUCGUUUGUUUAGGACCUUACUGUGGUUUUAAAACUCGCGUAAAAUAAAUUUGCGAUAAAUAAUUGGUUUAGUAUAGAUGCAAAAUCAUCCUAAACCCGAUUUAAAACUCAUUUUGCGGCCCAAGGAAGAUUUUCGUGACAUUUUUCAGCCCGGUCCAUGUAAUCAGCCCCUUAAAAGCCGUUUCCACUUGAAUCGUACCGAAGCGUAACAUCAUGAUUUCUUUGUUUCCUAAACACUGGAGUGGAACUAAUAAGUGGAAAUUGGCCUCGAAUUUUACCUGUCUUUUUAUUUCCAAAACGUUUUCAUUUUCCAUUUUUGUUUUGUACUCUAUUUCGUAGAUUGGUUUGCUGUUUCUGGUUCGACAUGCAUUAGACUCAAUGUCACUUGUUCAGCGAUGUUAUUUAAGGCGCCAUAUUGAAUCAGUCUUAUUGAUUCUCUGCACGAACUGUUUCAAACUGGACCACGUCAUCUUUGAAUUGUUAUGUUUUUAUAUAGAACAUAAUGACAACAUACAGGGUGUCCCCAAAAAAGUAAACCCUUUCAAAUUCAAAUCAGCCAUAACCUAUUGAGGUAAUUCGCUGAUGCGACACAAAUGACAACCUCGUUCCCAGGCUCUUCCCUCUUGUGGAGGAAAGAACAUUCUCGUACCCAGAGCCCUUCUUACGCACGGUGCGACGAGGGGCUCUGGCCAAAUCCAUAACCGGAUACCACAAAAACAUGGUAAGAAAAGAAUGUCCGGUGUUAGAACUAGCCAAUCAGAUGCCAGUUCGGAAUAUGGAUUUGGCCAGAGCCCCUCGUCGCACCGCGCGUAAGAAGGGCUCUGGGUACGAGAAUGGAGGAAAGAAGUACACCGGGUUUUUUGGACAAUACAAUAUUGAAUAUUGGAAUUAUUACUGGAACUUGGCAUGUAUUUGGCCAAUCUUUGUUUGUGUCUUUGCUCAUUUUGUUGCAAAGGCAUUUUGGAAUUCUCAACUUUAUAUUUCAUCUACUUCGCUCCUUCAUCUAAUACAAGGUUGAAACUUAUUUCAAAUUUCAAUACUGCGCACUUUUGCAGUCAAUACUGCACACUUUUUAUUCAAUACUGCACAAAGGGUGCAAUACUGCACACUUUUAAUAGGCCGUGCUCUGUAUAUUACCUUAACUCAAGUAUACCGUUCUUUAUUUCGCUUUACCGCACAGAAAACAAGAUGUGCCAGUACAAAACUUAUUUAGUAACAGUUCUAUUGUUGCCACAAGUUAAGCAGAACUACAUAUCCAGAAUCAGAUAAGACCGCGCGGGGAACUAGUGAUAGUGGCCCUGAACCCGCAUACCGCUACCCGGGCCAGUCCCUACGCAGAACGUUUACGUGUACAACUCGCAGUGCUUCACGGGAAGGUCGCGGACGACGUAUGUCGUCGGAGAUGUCCGUGACAAGAUCGCUGUCAUUGUGAAUGAUCUAAUAGAUGAUGCAAGUCCAUACAUCGUCGCUUCUCAAGUGCUCAAGUCGAACGGCGCGAAGGAAGUGUAUGUGGUUGUUACCCAUGGUAUUUUAUCCGGGUGUGGCCCCGAGCAGGUACAAAGUUCCGACAUUGAUGGUCUGAUCAUGACCAAUACAGUCGAACAUGAGGAGAAGAAAAAGCGAUGUAAUAAAAUUAAGACAAUUGACAUCAGUGGUUUACUCAGCGAGGCUAUAAGGAGAAUUCAUAAUGGAGAAUCUAUUGCAUAUCUAUUUCGAAAUGUUUCUGUUGAUGAAUGA